AUGGCUGCGAUUAUCAAAGAAAUGGUGAGCCGCAACAAAAGGAGAUACCAGGAGGACGGCUUCGACCUGGACUUGACAUAUAUCUAUCCCAACAUUAUUGCAAUGGGGUUCCCUGCAGAAAGGCUCGAAGGGGUGUACAGAAAUAAUAUAGACGAUGUAGUCAGGUUUCUCGACUCGAAACAUAAAAACCAUUACAAAAUCUACAACCUCUGCGCAGAAAGACACUACGAUGCUAACAAAUUUAACUGCAGAGUUGCACAGUACCCUUUUGAAGACCACAACCCUCCUCAGCUGGAGCUCAUCAAGCCGUUCUGUGAAGACUUGGACCAGUGGCUCAGCGAGGACGACAAUCACGUGGCAGCCAUCCACUGUAAGGCGGGCAAGGGGCGCACGGGGGUCAUGAUCUGCGCCUACCUGCUGCACCGUGGCAAGUUCUUCGAGGCCCAGGAAGCACUGGACUUCUAUGGGGAAGUUAGGACAAGGGAUAAGAAGGGCGUCACAAUCCCGAGCCAGCGGCGCUACGUUCACUACUACAACUACCUACUGAAGAACCAGAUGGAGUACAAGCCGGUGGCGCUGCUCUUCCACAAAAUGGUCUUUGAGACUCUCCCAAUGUUCAGCGGGGGCACCUGCAGGGACAGUACCGUAAAAAACAGGAGCGAGCCGACCCCUCAGGGCUUCAAGAAAGGGAAUUGGCACUGGGAUCCCCAGUUUGUGGUGUACCAGCUGAAGGUGAAGAUCCACACGUCGAACCCUGCUCACACGCGGCGCGAGGACAAGCACAUGUACUUUGAGUUCCCGCAACCGCUGCCAGUGUGCGGAGACAUCAAAGUGGAGUUCUUCCAUAAGCAGAAUAAAAUGAUGAAGAAGGACAAGAUGUUUCACUUCUGGGUGAACACCUUCUUCAUCCCUGGUCCAGACGAGGAGAAGAAGCGCGAGGAGAACGGGACUGUGGUGAGCGAAAUGGACUGUCAGCCACAACAGGCGCCGCCACAGGCUCUGCAGAGCAAUGCCGAGCGCAGGGACAGCACCCGAGACGGAGACAAGGAGCGCGUGUGGGACAGGGAGAAGGAGCGCGACAAGGAGAAGGAGCGAAUGUGGGACAGGGAGCGUGACAAGGAGAAGGAGCGCGGCUGGGAAAGGGACCGCGACAAAGACAAGGAGCGCGACAGAGACCGGGACUACCUCAUCCUGACGCUCACUAAGAACGACCUGGACAAGGCCAACAAGGAUAAAGCUAACCGCUACUUCUCUCCAAACUUCAAGGUGAAGUUGUACUUCACAAAAACCGUGGAGGAGCCCACGAAUUCAGAGGCGAGCACGUCAACAUCGGUCACCCCGGACGUUAGUGAUAAUGAGCCGGAUCAUUACCGAUAUUCGGAUACCACUGACUCUGAUCCGGAAAAUGAACCUUUUGAUGAGGAACAUCAUACUCAAAUUACCAAGGUGUGA